AUGUUCCUUUUCUAUAUGAAGCUUCUACAAGGGAUUAUGUCCGUCAAUGAUCGGCGCGCCAGCUAUAUGGGCGCUCCGCGACCCCGCGUCGUCUCCAAUCGUGUCGAUGCCGAGAGGCCCAGUCGCGGCGCCGCAUCGCCGCAACAGCCAGACAACAUGGAUUCCUUGCGCACGAGCACUUCUAGUCAGAAGCAAAGAUUACCCCGAGAGCAGAAGAACAUGACCGAAAAACGUACGGAGCGCACUGUGAUCACAACAAGGGAAAAGGCGGUGCGGCGGAACCCUGUCAAGGAGUCCUCCAGCGCUUCGAAUCGCGGGGAAUGGGACAAAUCAAGGACCAAGAAGACGAGGACAGCCGAUGGGAUGAGCCCAGCUGGACACAAGAGGGAACAGGAUGCGCCCAACGCUCCAUGGGAUCCGCACGCCUCCCUUAUUCCUCAUUCAACUGCUCCCCUCGCAUGUCGCGUAUCCGUUCCUCCGUUGGCUUCAACCGCUCCACAAUCUCUCUCCCCCCGGCCAUUUCGAGAACUUUCGCCCGACGCCCAGGAAGCGGCCAUUCUGGAAGACCUAUUAUUCGUCUUCAUGGGCUUCGAGGGCCAGUACAUCCAUUACCACAGCUCAUAUGAUCCCUCUGUUGAAAAGGACCGCUUGACUGGUCCAGUAUUCCAGCUGGCCGCGGGCUUAGACCCGACGUUGCGCGAUCUCACCCAAUCGAUGCUCAAAAUGGCAACGCACUACAGCGCCAUGGAGGCAUUUGUGGAAGUCCAGAGUCGCGCUGAAUUUGGAGCUGUCUGUCAUGCACUUUGCGCAUCUAUUCGCAAGAUCCUCAAGGACUACUUGAUCCUUAUCGCCCAGCUGGAAGGGCAGCUAUUGAACAAUCCGUCCUUUACAUUGCAUCAACUCCACCUCCAUACGAUGCCAACCAGCCAGUGCUUUACCCAGCUGUAUUCCAUAGGCCAAGAGCUUCUGCGACGCAAUGGGCUCUUGGACUCGGAUGAGCUUGACGAAACGAUCGAUGACUUUGACGAUGUUGAUAAUAUUCUCGAGCAACUCAAAGAAGGAGGUGAUCUUGUACCAGGCUCCAGCAGGAAGGUUUGCAAAGGAGGAAACGUCCUCAGACUCCUGACAGAGCGACUUGCGACUUUCUCGGGUGACCCGACAACCAAGACCUUGAUUCAGACCUUGCUACGCGAUGCCAGUCGACCGUACAUGAACAUGUUGAACGAAUGGCUACACCAUGGUGGAAUUAGAGAUCCGCACGCAGAGUUCCUCGUCAAGGAGCAAAAAUGGAUCAAGCGGGAGAAGCUCGAGGAGGAUUACACGGAUGAAUACUGGGAGAAGCGCUACACGAUUCGCGACGAUGAGGUACCCCCGCAGCUCGAGGGUGUCAAGGACAGGGUUCUCCUUGCCGGCAAAUACCUCAACGUGGUGCGAGAAUGCGGUGGCGUUGAUGUUAGCAAGGCUGUGAAAGACGUGCCCAAAACGCUUGAUGAUCCGCGUUUCUUGGAGAAUGUCAAUGCUGCUUAUACCUACGCCAAUGCCUCUCUGCUGAAUCUACUUCUCACCAAGAAUUCCCUCACAACCCGAUUCCGUUCCCUCAAGCACUACUUUUUCCUGGAUCGAUCCGACUUCUUCUCCUACUUCCUUGAACUCAGUGCAUCCGAGUUACGCAAGAAUGUGAACGUUGUCAAUGAAGGCAAGCUCCAGUCGCUGUUGGAUCUUGUACUUCGUCAGCCUGGCAGUAUUGCUGCACAGGAUCCGUUCAAAGAGGAUGUCAAGGUUCGGAUGAACAAAGUCGGGCUUACAAAAUGGUUGAUGCAGGUGGUUAGUGUGUCAGGCAUUGAUCAAGAUCAUCCAGAGGCCGCAUUUGAGAAACAGCAGGCCACUUCCUCUCAGAGUACCGAUGAUGACAACAACAUUACUGGAUUCAGUGGCCUGGAGCUGGAUUAUUCUGUGCCGUUCCCCCUUUCCCUCGUCAUCAGUCGCAAGACCGUCCUUCGAUAUCAAUUGAUCUUCCGCCAUCUACUGUCCUUGCGACAUGUGGAGACGUUGCUGGUCACGUCCUGGGCCGAUCAGAACAAGGUUGCCAGUUGGCGCCAUAGGCCAUCGGACCGAAGACUUGAGCUGUGGAAGCGACGCGCAUGGAACUUGCGUGCCAAGAUGCUCAUAUUCGUUCAACAUUUGUUGUAUUUCUGUACCGCAGAAGUUAUCGAGCCUAAUUGGGUGGCACUCAUGGACCGAGUCAACGGAGCCGACGCAAAUGGGUCCGAAGUGACAGUUAAUGGGUCGAAGCAGGUCAACCGGACGGUUGAUGAGCUGAUGCAGGAUCAUGUGGACUUUUUGGACACUUGCCUGAAGGAGUGCAUGCUCACCCAGGCGAAGUUGUUGAAGAUACAUUCCAAGCUCAUGACUUGCUGUACUAUGUUUGGGCAAUGGACCGCCUCAUCGCUCGCGCGGGCUCUCAGUUCCGCAGACCCCGACUUGGCCAGCGACAAAACCGGGGCCCCCGACGCGAGACCAUAUGAUCCAUCCCGCAUUGUGAAGCUUGAAGAGACUCUCAAGCGAUAUGAAGAUCAUUUCAACCGCCAUUUGCGGAUUCUGAUGGACAGUCUCAACUAUUUUGCCGCGACCGAGAGCGUGGUCCUGUUGAAGCUGGCACACUCCCUUAGCUCCAUCAGCAAAGAAGAUUGA